CAGACUCAUCCAGAUUAGGCAUUAAGCGAUACCUCCAUUGGAACUAUCCUGACCAAGUUUCUGUGGUUAAUCACUUUUUCAUACUAUAAAAUUCCAGACGAAAAAAACGAAUUAGUACCCUACUUUUGAAGCUAUAAAUCAAAUGCUUCAAAAGUCAAAACUAGAUGGUUUAGUAGAUUGCGUGUUAUCUUCGUUGUAUUGGAUUUUCAAUUUUCGCAUUCUAUCCUUAAUCUUUUAAACAUAGUCCAUAGUCCACGAGGUUAAACCUGCAACCAUUUCAUUUAUUCAAAGGGCUUGACGAUGAUGUCCAUUGACAGUCAGUUAGAACUUAGAAGGGUUAAGGUUGUCAUCCUCUGACAAAAUCCACUAUAUAAAAAGGGGAGGAAAAGGGCAAAGCGAACGAUGUAUUUUGCAGCUGCCCUUUUAAUCAGACCCAAUACUAUUGCGACUCACGUCCUCACGCAACGUAAACCCAGACCCAAACGGGUUCUUCUUACUGGACCAACAUUGGUGUGGAACCAUUGUCAGUUCAGUGGACCUUAUUUUUCCAAGGAUAAGGUAUUCCGGUGCCCGACCAAAAUGGCUGAGCCGAUUAGAAUCCGAGCUGGUAAUGGUGGCGAUGACGAAGGAGGCAUCAGAGCUAUUGAACAAGAACCUCUCGUUAAUGGGUCGUCCUCCGAUUCUGCUUUCAAGGGGCUCGAAGCUAUUCUUAAUAAUCUGAGUAAAUGGGUAGUUGCUGUACUAUUUGGUUUACUGAUCCUCUGGAGACAUGAUGCUGAAGCACUGUGGGGUGCUACGGGGUCUGUUAUAAAUGCUGGCUUAUCCACUGCAUUGAAGAGAGUCUUUAACCAAGAAAGACCUGUUGCUAAUUUGAGAUCAGACCCCGGAAUGCCAUCUUCCCACGCCCAAUCCAUCUUCUACAUCACUACUUAUGCCGUUCUGUCAAGUAAUUUCUCGAACCAAUUGCUGCAUUUACCCAUUCUGUUUGGAUAUUAUUCAUUUGCAUAGUGUAAUAGCCUCAAAGACAUGGGAGUUGGACUGAAGAGAAAGUUGCAAAACCUGUGUUUUAUCUCCCAUUAAUGGCUUAACUUCGAUCUGAGCAUUUGACAAUCGCUAGUAGACAAGAUUUAAGAUGAAUUAUUAGACCAAGUGAAUCUUUAGGGUGAAGCAACAGGCCUCUCUUUCAGUUGUCUGAAUUCCAAGAAAUUUGGAAGAGUAAGGAAGAAUCAUUUGACUAUGGAAUGUAAAUGCUUAGUUAAGCAACAUUAACUCGCCUAUACCUUUUUUGAGUUCCUAGACAUUGAAGAUCAAAGACUUCCAUAAUGUCAUGCUUAUGUGCAUCAUGUUGCAAGUUCAUCUUUUGACGUUUGAAUCAGAGAGUUUACUUCAUGAAGCCUUGAAUAAUUUGAAGCAUGAAAUGGUUCUCUAAAAGUGAAUGUGAAUUACAGAAGUGCUUUUCUUUUGCAAUUUGUAUCUGUGCUCAGAUGUCAGAUGCAAUGCUGGUUGUUGCUCUCCUCAUGUUAUGCCUUUCUGUAAUCUUUUGUUGCAGUGAUACAAUGGUGGGGAUUGAACGGAUUUACAACCACAAUUGGUGGAUUUGUUUUUAUAGUUGGUACUUAUUUCGUAAGUAUCCAGCACAAACUUGAAAGUAGUGAUCAAAAUCUUGAAAGUUUUGUCAAACAUUGUAGUUGAAAUGGUGUUUACUUAUGUGCUUCUUCUGCUGCAGACCUGGCUUCGAGUCUCACAGAAACUUCAUACAAUCAGCCAAGUAGCCGUGGGUGCGUUGUUGGGAACGGUCUUCUGUGCGUUGUGGUUUUGGUCCUGGGGAGCCAUUGUGCUAAAGGCAUUUGUAUCCAACGUGUGGGUUCAGAUCCUAGUGACUUUGGGUGGAGCAGCAUUUUGCGUGACAUUUGUGUUAUAUGCUAUUCGGUACUGGAUAAUGGAACCACUGACUGUGUAUAUAUCUAGGAAAAUUUGAUGUAGUAACGUUGCAUUAUAACUCGUAUUCUUUUGUGCAUAUAACACGGUCAGAUGAAUGAACUAACCCCAUAUUCGUUAUGUUAGAAAUUUGUGUAUAUGAUGACUGUUUCAUAUCGCUGCAGUGAUUUGAAAAUGCAUUCAAGGGUAAUCUGGGAGGUUGCACAUAAAGUAAGCACAAGGAUUGAAAGAUGUAAGAACUUGUCAAUAUCCAAGCUAUGGCUGCAGGAAUUCAAGAAACUCCACUUCAACCAAAGGGACAUAGGAGUUGUUAAAAGCAGUUUAACUAUUUGCGAAACACAAACUUCUAAGAAUGCGUUCCACAACAGCUUGCUCUAAUUUUAUGAUGUGGGCUAAGGCAAAGCUUCAGAAACUUUAGCUCUCUCGCAAUGUGCAGUUAAAAUUUGUAUAGCUUCAUUAUUAGUUUGUUCAUGGUUCAAUGGUAUGGGGCGUUCAGAUGUUCUGCCCGCGAGGGCUGGAGGUUGGAAACAAGGAAAAGCGUGUUUUUUUUCGGUUGAUAAGAAUACGUCGAUGUAAACUCCAUUUUACUCCCAAGUCUCGUCUAUUUUGAAAAAUAACAAAAUUGAUGAUUUUACAUUGUUUGCAUCCACAAUAAACAUUUUUGAAAUAUCGAUUCUCGACAAACAUUAAAGUCAAACUCAAGAUUCCCCACCAAAGGCGUGGUAAGAGUCUUCUGAGUUCAAAGUCCAAACCAAAGGCUAUAUAGUAUAGUACCAGACUUUGGUGCUGAUUCCGUCAGUCACGCCUUCUGAACAGUUCAACAAAUAGAAACACAAAGCCAUCAAAGAACAAAAAGAAGAUACUGUAAUAAAACAACAUUUUGCUCUAAAAUCAUAUUCUAUUGCACCUUGGUUCUCCUAGGAACCGAGUGAAGUUGUCGAAUUUAAACUGCUCGACCCACUAAGAUGAACCAAGAGUAGCAAACUAGAAGAUAGUAUUAAAUGGUACUACAAAUAUUUUGUAGACUGUCUUGAAUUAGUAGUAGAAAUAAUCCUUCCUCCUGGAUGAACACCCUCCAUUCAUCUCUAAGAGACUUUCUACUUCAACACACUCACAAAAACAUUAGAAUUAAAAAAACACUGAGGCUUUCAUGAAUAUGUAUGCCAAUAAUGGAUGCUGCAAUGAAUCAGUUCCCAAUACGCCUCCCUUUGUUCCUGUCAAUCCAGGGUGACCUCCUAGCAUCCCUCCAUCUCUUCCACCUCUCCACAUUUCUGAGCCUGGUGAAUAUCUUCUGCAGCAGAUGAAGCUUGUAAGACUGUUGGGCAAUCACAUUGGCUGUAGAACUACCCUCACUCAAAAUUAUCUCAUAUCCAUCCUUCAUAUUAUCCAUUCCUUCAGUUAGUAGCUGCCAGAACAGGGCUCCGGCCGCCGGUCCGCCGUGUUUCGCCGAUGAGUAUAUCUGGAAAUACACGUCGUUGAACAAGGCAUCUCUCUUGUAGCUGUUGAAACCGCUGUCUUUCCACGACUUCCCGAAUUCUCCCACCAUGAUAGGCUUUCCUAUCAUGUGUUGAGCAUCUUGAAAAUGUGCGCCCAGCCAUUGAUUCAUGAAUGAGAUUUGAGUUUGAUCAUCCGAGCUGGAUAACCUAAUAAUCACAGCAACAGAUGUUUCAUUAUUAAGAAAUAAUCACCCUUUACCAGUUUAACAGAAGUGACAUAAGGAUUUUACCAGACGUCUGGAUAUGAAUGUACAGUAGCAAAAUCGAUCCAAGGGAUGCGAUUGUUAGCAACAAAAUCAGUUCCUACGCCAUAUCCAGGAUUUAGUUGUGUCCUCUGAGGAGUUGAUGGACCAUAGAAACCUUCCAGUCCGGCCUCUAAUAAAUGAUUUCUGUCUAUUGAUUUUACAUAAGAAGCCAUUUCCGCUAUCCAGGCCUACCACCAGACAAGAACCAGGAACCAAGUUUUUUUAGUUUGGAACUAUGGAAAAUAUAUAGAAGCAUUAUAUAUAUAUAUACUCCUGCAAAGACUAAAAGGGUAGAAACCUGGAUAGUCCUUCCUGAAGGAUCUGAAGUGCAUCUGGGCUCAUUCAUUAGCUCCCAUGCCAUGAUAGUGGGGUCAUUCUUGUAAGCAAUUCCAGUGAAUGUGUUGUAUCUAUUGAGAACCGUCUGCACACAAAUGUCUCCAUCUCAAAUUCAACAAUGAAACAAAGAAGAAGCUUCACUUUUUGAACAAAAUAAAACCAUUUUCAUAUCUGAAGUAAUACAAACUCAAAAAGAAUGGAAAUGGCAAAAAUGCUAUUCCACUUACUCUGAUAUGAUUCUUGUAGAAUCCCCUGGUCACCGAAUUCCUGAAAAAGUCAUCCUCAGAUGUCAAGUAUUGCCCUCGACUUCUAGCCCAGUCCACAUACUGUUUCUUGCCUCCAAAAUUUUCAUAGUUAUUUGCCAAACUUAAUAUAAGCUUAAUUCCGUAUCUUCUGGCCUCUGCUACAACAAAAUCCAACCCCUACAAACAUGCAAUAAAGUCUAUAACUUAGAACAGAAAAUCACUAAACCAAAAAGUUUAGCAACACAAAUUUAUGUGGCAGAAACCUUGAAAGCUUCCUCAUUGUAAGCCCCAGGAGCAUACUGCAGAGCUCUGUAUCCACCAUCAUUAAAAGCCCAAGUUCUGGCAACAGUAAGGCCAUGGCUGGAGGCUUGUCUAAAUGCUUCAGAAAUUCUGGAUCUUUGAGAAGGGUCAGUAGCCACAUACAUCAACCAGUAGGCAUUGAAGCCAUUGGCAUAAUAAGGACUACCAUUCAACUGAAAAUGGAUUCCUCUGGUCCUGACAAACCCAUCCCCUGCCUCAACCUGGACAGUAAAUCCCUGUUCUUGAAUCAAAAAGACAAGAAACAGGACAAAUGCAAAAUGCUUCAUUUCAGUUCUCUCUCUGUUUUUUUUUUCUUUUUGGUUCUCAAUGUGGGAGAGAGGAGGGAAAAUUUCUUGUUUCCCGUCUUGUUUAUGGUUGAAUUAACAGGACAAACAAGAAAAUAUAAAAAGGAAGAAACUUCUAGAGAAGGAAAGCAAGAUAAUGUGGAGUGUCGGAAGAUUUUAUUCGUUCUAGAGGGAAACCAAAGUUAUUGUCCCACUGAUGCUGCUACAAAAACUAAAAAAGAGGGAAGAAACUGUCACUGUCAUCAAUGUA